CUCUCCACGAGCUCCAGCAUCGCCGGGUUGAUUCCUCGGCAACUCGACGUCGGCGAGUACAGGUACAUGUUCGAGCAUGGAGGACAGCAAUGCGUUGAUUUUGCCGUGCAAGAGGAAGAACAAGGCUCAAGGGAAAGCCAAGGAUGGUAAGAAAAUCAAGGAAGACCCGAAAAUGAGUAAGACUAAGCUAAAAAAGUUGCAGAAAUUGGAGGAGGAAAAGCAAAAGAAGCUGCUGCAAGCUAAAAGCAUUGAGAUUUUACGGAAGCACAAGAUUUCAGAUGAUGCAUAUUCUCUGCUGCAUGCUUCGGGGAGUAUUGGACAAGCUGAGACUUUGAAAGAAAGACGUAGGCGUGCCGUGCAGUUCUCCAAGGCUGGUUUCGAUGUCCCUGAAGAACUCUCUCUAUUCAAGAAAGACGGCGAUAAAAUAGUUCCUGAAAACAGUGAGUCCUCAGAGGAAAUUUCCCCGCAGAAGUUUGUUGAUUCAGCAAAAAGUGAGGAUACUCUCAGGCAGUGUAAAAAUGACAUAAAUAGUGAUGCAACGAAUCCUGUGAAAUGCAAACUGAUUACGGAUGUUGGACUGAGCAAUCAAGAACCAAAAACUGAAGUUGCUGAUGAUGUUCCGAACAUGUUGGCAAAUCAGAUAAUUCAAUCAUCUAUUCCAAGUUAUUCUGGUAAAGAGAUAGAUGUGCAGGAUAAAGAGCCAGGACAUGAAGAGUGUAUUGUACAAGAGUGCUUCAAUCCUCCAAUUGUUGUACCUGUGUCAAGGCCACAUGACGUUGAGAAAACAAGGAGGGAUCUCCCAAUAAUAAUGAUGGAGCAGGAAAUGAUGGAAGCUAUCUAUGAAAAUUCUGUGGUAAUUUUAUGUGGAGAAACAGGCUGUGGUAAAACUACUCAAGUUCCACAGUUCUUGUAUGAAGCUGGCUUUGGCACAAGUAAUCGGGCUGACAGAAAAGGAAUAAUUGGUAUCACUCAACCACGACGUGUAGCUGUACUUGCCACAGCUAGGAGGGUGUCCUAUGAGCUAGGUCUUAAGCUAGGAAAGGAGGUCGGUUUUCAGGUUAGGCAUGAUAAAAUGGUAGGAAGUAAAUGCUCGAUCAAGUUUAUGACGGACGGCAUUUUGCUUCGAGAGGUCCAGAGUGACUUUCUGCUGAAGCGCUAUUCUGUAAUCAUCUUGGAUGAGGCGCAUGAAAGGAGCUUGAACACAGAUAUACUUAUUGGGAUGCUAUCCAGAAUUAUAAAGAUCCGCAAGUCUUUGUACAUAGAGCAACAGGAAAAAAUACAUUGUGGUUUGAGCAUUGAUCCAGAAGAAAAGAUUAGUCAGUUGAAAGUGGUGCUAAUGAGUGCUACCUUGCAAUUGAAGGACUUUAUUUCAAACAGAAGAUUGUUUGAUGUGAUCCCACCAGCUAUAAAGGUACCUGUACGGCAAUUCCCAGUAACAGUUCACUUCUCAAAGAGUACACAUGACGAUUAUUUAGGGCAAGCUUAUAAAAAGGUUAUGUCCAUCCACAAGAGACUUCCACCAGGUGGAAUUCUUGUGUUUGUUACUGGGCAACGAGAAGUCGAUUACUUGUGUAAGAAAUUGCAAAGAGCAUCCAAGCAGCAAACUGACAAGAAGACUGAAAAUGUUGAGGGAGAUGGGAAUGGUUUGAGCCCAGAAGUAGACGAGAGGGAGAUCAGUGAAGCAUAUGAUAUUGAUAUAGAUGAGUCUGAUCACCAAGAUGACAUGUUUUGCUCAUACGAUGAAGAUGAGAGUAAUGCUGGGCCAAGUGUAGAUUCUUCUGAUAUUGAAAUGGAACCUGAGAUGGAUACCGACAGUGAGGAUGAUGAUUCUGUUUCUUAUGAGACCACAGAAGAGGAUGGGCCAGUAUUAGCAUUUUUGAAAGGUGCUGAGGGUUCAUCUGUAUUGAAGGCAUCAUUUAAGGCUAUAUCAAGAGUGUCAGGAGAACCAGAAAGCAUCGAUAUACCAAGUGAUUCUGCAAUUUUAGAAGAGUCAAUUCAUGCUCCUUUUAGUAAAUGCACAGAACCUAGGCCUGUUUCACUUGGUAAACUUCGUGUGUUACCACUUUAUGCAAUGUUACCAGCUUCACAGCAGCUUCGAGUGUUUCAGGAUAUUCCUGACGGUGAAAGAUUAGUUGUUGUUGCAACAAAUGUUGCAGAAACCUCUUUAACAAUUCCUGGCAUAAAAUAUGUAGUUGAUACUGGGAAACAAAAAGUUAAGAACUACAACCAUGCUACUGGGAUGGCAACUUAUGAAAUCCAGUGGAUAAGCAAGGCAUCUGCAUCCCAGCGUUCUGGGAGAGCUGGAAGAACAGGGCCUGGGCACUGUUAUCGUCUCUACUCGGCUGCAGCAUAUGGUAAAGAUGAAUUAUUUCCUGAGUUCUCUGAGCCUGAGAUUAAGAAAAUUCCAGUCGAUGGUGUUGUGCUUAUGCUCAAGUUUAUGGAUAUUAAUAAGGUGGCAAACUUUCCUUUCCCUACACCUCCUGACAAGGAAAGUUUGGUUGAAGCUGAGCGUUGCUUGGAAGUAUUGGAAGCGCUUGAUAGCAAGGGCACACUUACACCAAUGGGGAGGGCUAUGGCACAAUACCCCAUGAGCCCACGACAUUCUCGCCUUCUUCUGACCAUAAUUAAAAUUUUGAAAAGUCAGCAAGGCUUUUCCAGAUCUAAUUUCAUAUUGGGAUAUGCAGCAGCUGCUGCAUCUGCUUUGAGUUUUACAAAUCCUUUUCUCAUGCAGAAUGAAUUUAGUGGUGAAUCAAAAGAUAACCCUGAAUCCGAAGAUAAGGAUCAACAGGAAAGGAAGAGACAGAAGAAGCUCAAAGCAAUGGUUAGAGAGGCCCAUGCAAAAUUUUCCAAUCCUAGCAGUGAUGCUUUAACCAUUUCCCGUGCCUUGCAGUUGUUUGAAUUGUCAGAAAGCCCAGUGGAAUUUUGCAGAGUCAACUCACUUCAUCUCAAAACAAUGGAAGAAAUGUCAAAAUUGAGGAAGCAACUUCUUCGAUUAAUAUUUCACCAUAGCAAAUCUUGUGAAGAAUUUUCUUGGAAACUUGGGGGUUUUGAAGAUGUAGAAGAGGCCUGGAGGUAUGAGUCUGAUAAAAAACCAAUGCAAUUGAAUGAAGAGGAGCUUCUAGGACAAGGAAUAUGUGCUGGGUGGGCUGAUAGGGUUGCAAAGAGGAUUCGUGCCUUUUCUGGAUCAUCUAAAGAUGAUAGAAAGGUUCGGGCUGUUCAUUAUCAGUCUUGUGCUCUCAAUGAUACAGUAUAUCUACACCGAUCAUCUUAUGUUGCCCAAAUCGCACCAGAAUUUGUAGUUUACUCGGAACUAGUUCAUACAAAGAGAUCAUACAUGCAUGGUGUAACCGGUGUCAAGCCAGGAUGGAUUUUGAAAUAUGCUAGUUCUCUUUGUACCUUCUCUGCACCAUUGGAAGAUCCAAAACCUUAUUACGAUCCUCAAAAGGAUCAAGUCUACUGUUACGUUAGCCCCAUCUUUUCUCGACAUAAUUGGCAGCUUCCGUUGCAUAGUCUACCUAUAAAAGAUGACACCAGUCGAUUGCAGGUAUUUGCAUGUGCUUUGCUUAAAGGAGAUGUCUUGCCAUGUCUUAAGGUCAUUCAGAAGUUCCUGGCACUGUCACCAUCUGUUCUCCUGGGACCUGUUAGCCAAAGAAGAGUUGGGGAUCUUCUUAACAGGAUGAAGAUAGGUUCAAAGUUAAUAGAUAGCCGGACAGCACUAAGAGAUAAGUGGAAAGUUAAUCCAGAUUUUCUUUAUCCUGAGAUCAAAGCGUGGUUUCAGGAUAAAUUUCAUGGCCAGUUUGGAGCAAUAUGGGAACAAAUGCAUCAAGAAGUUGUUCUUGAGGGCGAUGAACUUUUUCCAAAGAGGUACAAGAAAGUUAAAGCUAAUCAAUUCUAGCAGAUUACAGCGCUAUUGCUUGACAGAAACUUCUUACUGGUGGAGACAUCUUUGACAGCAUCCACAGGGCCAAUUAUAAGCUGAGAACUGCAGUGCCCAAAUCCUGGAAGCCUGAGAAAUAGAUAAUGGCUUGCCAAGUUCCGCCUGUUGAUGUGCAGUGCGGGCAUGCCAUUGGCUAUUGCAGCCAUGGAACUGACCACUAAUAUUUUAGUCACGGAAACAAAGAAACGGAGAUAGCAUGCAAUCUUUGAUAGAUAGGGCAAUGGAAGGAUAUUGUGCCAUUCGUUGGCUGGGUAGUUUAUCUCUUAUGCAAUCCUCCUUUUACAGUGUAAUUGUUCAUAUCCUCACCAUAUGAACAAAAAAAUGUUCCUCUGAGGAGCAUGCAGUUGAGUUGUACGCGUAGCAAUUUUCAACAAAAAAUUAUUUUUUUGAGGAGCAUGCAGUUGCAGAUAUGGAUGCUAGUAACCACAGUGCAACUGUUCUACUUGUAUUUUUGUAAGCUACUGUGAGGAUGUUAAUGAAAUUCACUCCGUU